AUGGAACUGUAUUUGGUGAAUCCAAAUUUUAUGCAUCGUGCUAUGUACGAUACUAUGCGAGAUGUUGAUCGAACGGAAAAGGCCAUUUUCCCGUACUGGCGAAAUGCUGAUCAUUCGGUACUUCAUGUGGCGAACGAUACUGUAAAGGCCGUUGACGACGACAAGAAGUUCGCCGUCACGCUGGAUGUGUCUCAGUUCCGCCCAGAAGAACUAAAUGUACACCUGGAUGGACGAGUACUAACCAUCGAGGGCAAGCAGGAGCAUAAAACCAAGAGCAGCUCAUUGCAUAGAUCAUUCGUGCGCAAGUGGUUAUUGCCUGAAAAUGUCGAUUUGGAUACAGUCCGUACACAGGUUGACGACAAAGGACAUUUGUCGGUGGACGCGCCGAAGCACAUCGAAGGCCACCCGAAGAAGAGGAAGAUCCCCAUAGUGGCUGCUUCUUCUAACUGCUUCUGCCACUCCAAAGAAGUGAAUUUGUUGAGAUGUUAUUCAUUCGAAAUUACCUCAUAUAUUAAAUUGUCGCCUGCCAAAUAG